AUGGCGACUAUAGCCGACAAACCAGCGAGCAGUCCCAAGCCAUUAGGACAGACAAUAGAUAUUUUCACAGAGGAUAAUAGUGAUAGUGCGUUUUUUGACACUUUAGGUGUUGACACUGAAGAAGCCGAGCAGCCCUCAACUCCUACUUCGAUACCGCUCUCAGACUCGGUAUCAACUCAAAAGCCAUCAUCACCAAGCCCAAGCACAUUACCUGUCCAAUGUCCAUUCCCCGGGUGCACCGGCGAGAACAAACCCAAAGCAAAGUUCUGUUGCGAAUGUGGACGAUCGCUUGGUGUCGCGUCGCGGGCGGGCACUCCCAGCGUUAACGUAUCGGCCGCCUCGAGUCCGACAGUUGGAUAUAAUAAUCAGGGUUACGCUCAGUUCUAUAUGAAUCCACUAGCUUCUCAUUCGUCUGCAUCGUUCACUCAACCAAUGUCUCCAACAAUGCCGUACGGAAUGGUUGCUGCAUCGUAUUCUACCGCAUCCCUUGGCCAGCCUCUCUCUCCCACAAUGCCUUAUGCUCACCAAGAGCAUUCGUUCUCUUCUACCUCGUUCAUUCAACCCUUGCCAUCUGCUUAUGAUGGUAUGCCCCAGGCUCAUGAUUAUAACAGGCAAAGCACUUAUGGCUACGACGCAUUGGAGCCAGUACAAGAUAUCCUUGAACGGCAUCGAGGGUGUCCCAUCGUUGCAUUUGGUUUCGGAGGACAGCUGUUGACAAUGUUUCCUCGCACCGUACAACGAUUUACCAGUACAGGUGGUGAUAUGCCCGUCACUAAAGCAGCUCCCGGUGCAAUCACUAUUCGCACUCUCAAAGACGUCGUGCCGUCCUCUGACAUUUUGUCGUUUCCUGGUCCCUUAUUAUUGGAUAACAAUAAGGGGGGAAUCAAGGCAAAACGCAAAGAACUGAUGAAAUAUUUGGAUGAUAACAUCCAAGUUCAAGAAGAUAAAAUCAAUUCGUUCGCUGGUGAUGAGUUGAAUAAAAGUAGUCUCGAAGCUACAAUUCUUGUCUGGAAAUUAUUGAAGUUAAUGAUUGAGCAUGAUGGCGCUUUAGUUGGAAAUCCUAGACAAAAAUACGCGAAUAGAAAGUCUCCGAAGAUCGAAGAAGCUGUUCGUAACCUACUAGUACCUAUGAAAGACAAAACUGGCGAUGGCUCAACUGAUAAUUUCACAAUCCCAGCCGAUGUAACAGCGUUUGAUGCUAACGGUAUCACGGAGACGGAAAGGAAAACCAUCACGUAUACGGUAUCGGGGGAUUCCGUGGAUAAGUUGCAGGAAAUGUUGCUCAGAGGUGAUCGCGCUGCUGCUGUUAACUAUGCAAUGCAAGAGAACUUGUGGCCACAUGCUAUGAUAAUAGCGAGUUGUGUUAACAAAGACACGUGGAAGAACGUGGUGAGUAGUUUUAUCAGACAAGAAUUGAGUGACAGUCCAUGCGAUGACGACAAAUCAAACGGAAGAGAAAGCUUGAGAGUAUUAUAUUCUCUACUUUCGGGGCAAGGGCGCAAUGCAGUCAAGGAAUUUCUUCCUCACACGCCUCUUCUUAGAAGAGUCUCUCAAGUUCCAACUACUCCCGUGUCAGCAUUGCAACAUCUCUCUACUACGCCACAAGGCUCCCCAACUACUUCUAUGCCAUAUUCCCCAUUGCCUACAACUCCACGUUAUUCACCAGAGACACCCACGGCAUCUUUCGAAAGUCUCUCUAAAUGGCGUGAGACGCUUGCUAUGAUACUGGCCAAUCACGCCCCUGGUGACAGCCAAGCUAUUACAGGACUAGGUGACAUAUUGCGAGAGAAUGGAUGGAUUUGUGCAGCACAUGUUUGUUACAUGUUAUCACCUCAAUCAUCAACUCACUCUGGCAUUGAUAUUCCUAAUUGCCGAAUGAGUCUCUUAUCAGGAGACUACCUUCAUCAACAGUCUACAUUCUUUCAAAACGGCGAUGCGAUUCGGCUCACUGAAAUCUACGAAUUUGCACGCUCAUUACAAAGCGACAAUGAUGGCUGUUUACCAUUCUUACAAGCUUAUAAACUACUUUACGCUUGGUGGUUGAUCGACUAUGGACAUGUAGAUGAAGCAAGACGGUAUUGCGAAUCAAUAGCAAACACCGUGAAGGUGUACACAAAAGGUUCUCAAUAUUUCCACCACUGUUUUUUGCAGAAUCUGAAAAAGCUCACUCAACGUCUUCUGGAACAUAACAAUAACAACACGAAUAAUGGAAACAACGAGCAAUCUUCAUGGCUUUUUGCCAAGAAAAUGCCAAAAGCAAGGCUUGACUCGCUCUGGGACUCUCUCGAAGGAAAAUUCAACAAAUUUGUUGCCGGCGAUACUAAUGACGCACCCAACAAGAAACAACAGACAGAAUCAGCAGAAGUUGUUGGUCCAUUCUCUCAUUUUAGUAGCACAGCUCAUCCAUCCGCAAGUGGAGUAAUACCAACGAGAAGCGCAUCUGCUUCAGACUUCAGAACUACAGAUGUUAAUCAACAACGAUCCGCUACCCCAAGCGCUAUUCCUCAAAAACAGGUGUUCAAACACCAUAGAAGGUCAUCUACUCCUGGAACUGGUAUAAAAGGCAUGGUAAAUGGGCUUAAUGGACCCAACGUAGUGGAUACACAGAAUUCUAUGGCGCCGGUCCCUGAAAGCGCGCAGGCGACAUACGUUGCUUCGCCCACUGACGAACGAAACGGAUAUUUCGGUUUCUUUGGACGUGAAAGUCUUGACAUUCAAGAUGCAAAUCGAACAAUGAGUCCUAAUGGGGUAUAUGGAGGUUACAACGGACAGAGCGCGCAUAAUGGCUAUGAUGGGCAACAGCCAAUAAUGUAUGAUCAAUCGUCAGCCGCUUCCGGUUACUCAUAUUCGACAGAACCAAAAACUGAUACCAGCGGCCGCGGACAUUAUCCGCGGGAUUCCAUACAAUCCGACACGUUUGGUUCGGGCGAGUUUAUCUCGCCGAUGGGCAACGCUACUCCAUUUACACCCGCUAUAUCUACAUCCUUUGUUGCAAAUGUGUCGACUAAUAAUAAUGCCAGCACAUGGAACAACGACGACGAUGAUCUCGGAUUAGGGAAUAAUUCAUUAGGAGGGAAAAAGAAGCGUGAAACAGGUGUCGAAACAGAAGUCGCUGAUGGAAACGAACAGAAUGCAAAUGAAAACACUGUGACUGGAACAGUCGAUGAGAAGCCAAAAGAGGAGAAGAAUGAACAAGAGAAAAAAGCUGAUGGCAGAUGGUUUUCACGUUGGUUUGCUAAAAAAGAGACAACCGCAAAAACGGCCAAUCUUGGCGAGGAGAAUUCUUUCUAUUACGACCCUGUACAAAAACGAUGGGUGAAUAAAAAGGUAGAAGCAGAGUCUCCAUCGACUUUAAUGCCGCCACCGCCACCACCAACUCGUGCACGAACCACAUCACCAACACCGUCAGAAUCAAUGAACAAGCAUGCGAACCGCGUGUCGCUCCCACCUGCUCCAUAUCCGAACGGAUUACCUGGUAUUUCUGCGACGCCGCCACCAGGUGGUCAGAGGAAAACUGGUUCAGGAAAGAGACAUAAGCCGCGUUACGUGAAUAUCAUGGAUCAAAUUUAG